AUGGCGGACCAGGUGCCGCCGACGCGCAUGGCGCUGCAGACCUACAAGGGCAAGAAGGCCGGCGCGUCCAAAGGCCACCAGCUCCUGAAGAAAAAGGCCGACGCCUUGAAGGCGCGGUUCCGCGACAUCGCCAAGGAGAUCUACAAGACCAAGGGCACCAUGUCCGAGUCCUGCUCCACGGCCUACUUCUCCCUCACGGCCGCGCAGUACGCGGCCGGCGACUUCAAGACGAAGGUCUUGGAGGGCAACUUCGUCGCGUCGGUCCGCGUCACGGGCCAGACGGACAACAUCGCCGGCGUGAAGAUCCCCGUGUUCCGCCAGUUCGACACGGGCGCCGAGCAUCUGGAGAACAUCGGCCUCGCCGGCGGCGGCCGGAAGAUCGCGGAGUGCAAGGAGAAGUUCACGAACCUGCUGGCCGUGCUCGUCAAGCUCGCAAGUUUGCAGACGUCCUUCGUGACCAUGGACGAGGCGCUCAAGGUCACGAACCGCCGCGUCAACGCGCUCGAGAACGUCACGCUGCCGCGCAUCGAGAAGACGCUGUCCUACAUCACGUCGGAGCUCGACGAGCUCGAGCGCGAGGACUUCACGCGGCUCAAGAAGGUCAAGGACCAAAACUCGAAGCGCCAGGCGGCCCAGGCCGCAGCGAAGAAGGCCGCGUUCUACGCCCACGGCGACGGCGGCGACAUCAUGGGCGACUACGACCUCGCGGACGCGGACGUCGUCAUGUAG